AGGACGCAAAGAUGAACAGCUCAUCCAAUUCCAGCCACAACAGCACAGCCUCGGGGGACGAGUGGACCGUGGCAGGGGGAGCUGUGGUGUUAGCCAUCCUGUCCGUGUGCUUUGUGGUGGGGACUCCUGGGAACCUGGUGGUUGUAUGGACCAUCAUGAAUCAUGUGAAGCAGCGUUGUCAUACUCUGCUGCUCAUCAUGCACCUGGCUGUUGCUGAUUUGCUGGUAGUUGUGACCCUGCCUUUUUGGAUCUACUCGUUGGCUGCGUCCUGGGUUUUUGGUGAGGCUACUUGCAAGGCCAUGGGGUACAUCAUCUAUGUCUGCAUGUAUGCCAGCAUUUUUCUGAUCACGUUUAUGAGUAUGGAGCGCUAUUUGGCUGUCAGGUACCCUUUCAAGAUGCUGCGUUGGAAAAACAGCAAGGCUCUGAAUAUUAUCCUGACAGGGUGUUGGACCCUGGCAUUCUUGCUAGGACUGCCAGCUAUUUUCGCCCGGUCCGUUGAAAGUCAUGAAGGUGUUCAUCAGUGCUUCUCCACAGAGUUUGAUUCAGUGGCUUUAAAUGUCUUUUGUGCAUGUCUGGAAACACUGAUUGGCUUCCUCAUCCCAUUUCUCACCCUGGCUGUCUGCUAUGCCCGGGUGGCGUCUCAACUUCGGCAGAUGCACAGAAAGAAUAAACAGAAAUCUGCCUUCCUUAUCAGCGGAGUGGUGGUGGCCUUCGCUGUGUGCUGGCUGCCGCAUCAUGUUAUAAAUGUCAUUAAUGUAGUAAGGCUGCUUGGAACACACAAAGAAGAUCAGGAAGAUGGUUUACAAACAGCAGAGUACAUCUCUGGAGCUCUGGCGUUUAUUAGCAGCUCAGUGAAUCCAAUGCUUUAUGCUUUUGCUGCCAGAAACUUCCAGGGUAAUUUGAGAAAAUCAAGGAUGGCCAAGCUCUUCCAGGAAAUUGCUUCUUAUACUAUCCAAUCGAGAGGGACGGACGUCCAAACUGACUGCCUGGACCAGGACACACCCAUACAAGAGUCUGCAGCAGAUGUCUGAGGUGUGCUGGAUGAUUUCUGACUGAACUAUUGUUUAUUCUACCACAGCACUGCUCUUGUAAUAUUUGGAGUAAAUAAAAUUUUUUUUUUUUUAAUUCUUAUUAAUUUUUAACUUUAAAUAAGUUGUACUUUGCACAUAUGCUUUGUGAAAAUAAAGUCCUCCCCACACUUCAAAUUAUUUUAUUACAAUAGGAAGAUCUUUUGUUUGGUUUCGUUUUUAAUUGUUUCCCUGAAUCAGCAUCCAAGACGAGGAACUUCUCAGUUUUCUUGAGAGCAAGAUGUAGUAAACAUCAUGUGUUCAGACUAGACGCUAAUUGUGGUUAAGGACAUUUUACAAUAGGUUAGCCUGGACCUUCUAACCUAAAUAAUACACAAAAAAGUAAGCCUGAUUCAUUGUUGUGUCAUUUUCCUGUUCAACUGAAUCACAUUUUUUUUAUCUUCUUAAGAAUACUGUAUCAUUUGCCCUGUCUUGUAAUUUCUUUUAAAUAUUUCUGUUCAUUAGAACCGAAAGACUUUGGCAAUUAAUAAUUUGCUAUAAGAAGAAGUGCAAAUAGAGAAAUACCAAAGUGUCCUCAUAAUUAGUUUUGUCAUUGGGAAAAAAUGUAAUGUCCUUAUACAUGUGGACAGUUAAGUUUAAAUGUAAAAGAGAAUAUUGAAUUUUGUUUCAAUAUCUUAAAAUGUGUUUUUGUACCAUGAAUUAAGUAUGUGAGGAACCAAACUGUAAAAAUUAAUAAAGGUGAACAAUAUUACCAUAUGUAAGAAAUCUUACAGAAGAAGCAACAUUUCAACAUUUGGACAUGUACACAUAUUUUUAAACAGUAAUUCGGCAACGUGUGUUUGGUUUAGUUUUUUUGUACAAACUUUAUUAUACUUAUAUAUGUUAAUGAAAAAAAUAAUAAUCUUACAGGAAAAUAUACGUUGGCCAGAAAACAAAGCAGCAUAUUAUGUAAAAGACAAAAAAAAAAAUAUAUAAAAAGGAGAAUAUGCGACAAAGUAAAAACUAAGUAGCUUAUUUCCUUAUAAAACUGCAUGAAAUAUAAUUGAGACUAUAUUUUAAGCAAACGUUCGUCAUGCCAAUUAUGACUUUCUUUCUUUAAUUAUUCUUUACUGCUUCUCAUAUGUUUUCUUUUAAUACAGAAACUUUUUAUUGUUGUUUUUUUUAAAGCUAUUCAAUUCAAUUUAAUUUUAUUUGUAAACGCUCAUUGGCACAAAGCAGCUUUACACAAUCAAAAGAAAU